UAGUUCGUUUCCAAGGCGUCGAAACAAGCAAACAGCAAACAAAUAAACAAACUAAAAUUACAGCUGCCGGCAAGCGCUGAACGAGGAGAAAUAUUUUAUUCUCAAUACAAGUUUCAAUAUUCACAGUCACAAAAUGGAGCAACAGCUGCAGCAGGACCGCGAUGACUUUGCUGAUUUCGAGCAGACUCUGCAGAAGAUCGACCAAAUCUUAAAGGGCGAGCCCGAAACAGACGAUGAUCCGCCCAAAGCGAAGACGGCUGAGGACUUUGAACACAUCGAUGUGGAUAAAGUGAAGUUGAAGGUGCGCGAGGAUCGCACUGUGAUCAAUAAGCGGAGCGCAGAGCCGGCCUCGCCCUAUACCCCGGAUCAGCAGGGCUUCAUGAGGGAGGUGGAACGCGAUGCCAAUGAACGUGCCCAGGCACGUGCCAAGCGUGAAUAUGAGGCGGAACUACAGCGCAGUCAUGGAAACGAGGCGUUUCGCAAUGGCAACUUUGAGAAGGCUAUUUUGCACUACAGUAAGGCAAUAGAACGCGUCAAGAAUAGCGCAAUCACCUACAACAAUCGAGCCCUGUGCUUCAUCAGGCUCCGCAAUUACAAGCGUGCCAUCGAUGACUGUCAAUAUGUGUUAGACAAGCUGCAGGAGUCUAAUCUGCGCGCCUGGCUGUACAAGGCCACCGCCCACAAGCGACAGAACGAUGCCGAACUGUUCGAGGAGUGUGUGAAUCAGGCACGCUUGCACAAUCCCCAGCAGCUGGCGUACAUCGACAAAUUCAUCGGCCAGAUAGAUGACAAAAUAUAAUGAGAUUAGUUAAAUGUAUUGU